CCUCCAACUGAAUCGUAGUUAUGGCUAAAAUGAUUUUGCGUACAACAACCAUUUUUGGCACCCACCUACUGCCGCUGCGGUAGAUACCUAAAUAAUACCCCCAAGCUACCUACCCAUUGCAUAUUGGGCAUGUGGGGCGUGAAGCGUGGGACGUGCGGUGCUACUUCUUAUGGAAUAUCCCUGACUCUAUUAGCGUAGUAUGUCUUGGCACCGCUUAGCGUUGCCUGCAUAUUAGUCGCUAUUGGUAGUCAACUUCCCAAAUACAACUACCUUGUCGUCAUCCGGUAUUGAUGAGCUAAGUGCAUUCGCAAUGUCUCCAUUAAUAAAGGUCGGCCAUUUCCAAACUCUUGACCUGUCGGCGGAAAAUCAGGUGACUAUCCAAGAUGAACUCUAUGGCAACCACACAAUAUCGGAUCUGGUCCUGAACGAGCUUCUACGGUCGCCUUCCCUAGCGCGCCUUAUAGGAGUGCGUCAGCAUGGCAUCUCAUCCCUCCUAAACUUCACACCCCCGAUAACACGAUUUGAGCACUCCGUGGGCGCGAUGCUCCUUGUGCGGCAUGUUGGCGGCAAUCUGGAGGAGCAGGUCGCGGCUCUCCUGCACGACGUUAGCCACACCGCCAUGAGUCACGUCGUCGACUUCGCUCUAUCUGAGCCGGGAGAGGGAAGCUUCCACGAGGUCCACAAGAUGCGGUUUGUCAGGACAACUCAGAUACCUGAGAUACUCACCAAGCACGGCUAUAAGGACCUCAAGCCCUUAGACGAGGAGCUGUAUCCGCUGGUCGAGAUGCCGACACCCCACCUCUGUGCCGAUAGGCUUGACUAUGGUCUGCGUGACGCCGUAGGCUUUGAUAGCCUUUCUCUAGAGGACGCGCGGCGCGUCAUAGCUUCUCUCGAUGUGUUUCCCGAUGCCACUUCCCCUGGUCGUUUGCUUGUCCUACGCGAUCCGGAAGUGGCUUUAUCUCUAGCAAAGGGGUAUAUGAGAUGCGAUCGGGACGUGUGGGGAAACCCAUCACACGGCAGCUUGUAUACAAGGACAGCAGAGCUUAUGCGGACUUCUAUUCGGGGCGGAGGUGUGCGCGAGGAAGACCUGUGGAGAUUGUCGGACGAUGAAUUCUGGGCUGAAAUGCGCAAGGUAGUAGAUUCUAAAGGACAGGAGGCUAUGGAUAGGCUCGAGUCUGAGGAUCUCCCGGAUGGCAAGGAUCUGCCGCUUCCCCGCGGUGCAAAAGUCCGUACUAUAGACCCUGAUGUCUAUGACCUCUCUAGUGGCAAGGCUGUUCCUCUAUCUACGUUGCGUCCUGAAUAUUCGACGGAGAGGGAGCAAUACAUCGUUGCGAGGAGAGCCCUGUACGCAUAAGCCAUUUCCAACUAGAUAUAGAUAGAUAUUCGGUUUCUAGACGGUAUACCCAUUUUAUAGACUUCCAUUCGUAGAACAUAACCCUAGGUAGGUACAUAAGCAUUAUAUUUUAUACCUAACCUGGACAGAUAGUUACAUCGUCUUCGUGCCAAUCCAAAGCGGGUCUGAACUGCAACUAAGUAUGUUUCCCUCGCGGUCACACGUUGCUUGGACAUAGCCAAUACCGGUAGCAUCAAGCGAGGAUCUAGAGUAGGUAUCAUUAGUAAUAAUUCCGCUGUUGAAAAUCUUCAAACAAGUCAUCACCACUUACGAGUCG